UCGAUUUUGCAACACUGCAGAAAUAGCCCCAAGUGAAAAGUCGCAGGGAAAAAUGGGAUGCGAAAAUAACUGAGUCAGGAGAGAACGCGAGUACUGGAGGCAGUGAAACAGCACGGGCUACAGACAGUAAGACGUUCACAAACCGCCCACAUUGGCCGACACAUAGUAAGGCAACCGGCAACCAGAACGGUCCACCGCUCCUUGUCCGCGUUUACAAUUAAAUGGCAAAUGGGAGUGCGACCGAAGCGGCGGCCACGGCCAACCCGCAGCAGAGGAUUCCUCAAGCGGCGCAGCAAGCCCUCUUUACCGAAACGACGAUGGGCUCCAAAGAGUCUGCGCCCGCCGCUCUGGUGGUAAACGAUCUUGUGGCAGACGUGUGCAUAAACGGCCGCGGAGCGGACUUCCCCAGCAUACGGACCUCCACAUCCGCGGGAGGAGCGGGACCGGCAGCAGCUUCCUCGUCAUCGUCAUCGUUCUCCUUUAAACAUUUUCUCAGCAGUACCGGAACGGUGACCGCUCCGACUAGCACGGUGACCUCGGCCGCCGUGCAGACGUCAACGGGUGCCCGACCGAAGGUACCCCAGUCAGCCUCUGCCUCUCAUAUGCAGCCGUCUGAUGUGAACGGCAGCAGUGCAUCCUCCAGGAUGAAGCGAUCUCCGCGCUUCAGUAGUUUUGACUCGCAGGCGAGUCUGGCGGAGUACGCAGAAUGUGGGGUAGGCGGCACCAGUAGCAGCGGCGGGUCCCAGUCUCACCGCUUGAGAACAGAUCUUCGACUGGGCCACGACGCUGUUCAGGACGCUCUGGACAACGACGAUGACGACCACGUGGCUCUGGCCCAGGUGCGCAACACAAACAGGCAUUACGAUGAAAGAAUAGACGACGAUAUUUUUCCAUCCGGUUCCAACCAGCAACCCGCUGUUGGUUCGCGCUACGUUCCACGCUCGUACUCCAACUACGAUAUGCCUCCCCAUUUGCCGUGCCCUUCGUCAUCCCCUCGCCGUCGGCCGUCGGGAAACCGCGACCAACGCCCCACCAGACUUGUGCUGUCCGCCGGCACCAAGAUGAAAAUUGACCUGCCCCUGGACACAUGUAACGCAGCGGGUGGCGGAGCCAGUGGAGGCGCUGCUUCAGCAUCAGCCUUGCCAGACUUCGUGCAGGAUCACUUGCCAGAUGCUUGGUGCGCCGGUCAGGAUGCCCUGUGCUCUCCGCCAAACUCGCCUCUGGGAGGAGCUGAAGCAUCGAGCGGAGCAGUGGGACUUCUACCGACUUUGAACGCAGCCAGAGGCUCCAGUGCUGCCGCACUCCCUGGUCCGACCGGCGAACCAGCCGCCGGUUCUACCGUCAAAAUGCUGCCCGACUUUCUGUCCGACGGUUCCAUAAUUCACUCGUCUCAGCGACUAGCUGACGUAGCUAUCGGGCUGCCAUCAAACUCCAUUGACUCGCCUCCCCAGGAGGCGGAAGGUACGUUGCAACUGUCAACACUGAGACAGGAAAAUGAACGUCUACAACGGGAGCUCCAGGAAGCUCGUGCAGAACUUAAUAUCCAGACCAGACGGGCCAGCGAAUUUGAGCAGCAGCUGCUGCAACAUUCAGAGGCGUCGCGGCGCCGGGAGGCCCUGGCCACGACGACCAAUACACAAACUACGCAGCAUCUACGGCGGCAGCUGGCCCAACUAGAGGCGGAACUUAGCUCUCUAAGAGGCGGUGGAAGUUCUAAUUGCGCCACUGGAGGAGUUCCAUUAGCGACACCUGCUAGGGGCAGUGAGAGCUCCACCAGCAGCGGAAUCAGCGCACAACGACCGUCCAUAACACACCAUUUGUCUAGGGAUCUACUGCGAGCGGCUGAUACAGCUGAACAGAACCUGAGGCAAUUGCUAACUGGCGUGGAAAAUCUGCGUCAGAUGGCAGCUAGCCUCGAGCAACCGGCCCAGCCAACAGCAGCGCCCAGAAGUCCUGACCUGUACACUGACUUUAACUGAAAUCCCCGGGAUGAUGUCUUUAAAGUGGACGUUACAUACGAAGAUAGGAUAUUGGCCUUUGUGUAAACACUGUAUCCCACGACUUCGCAUAGAGCUUGUUUUUAGAUGACCCCGCGAACAUUUUAUGUUUCCGUAUUAUCUGUUGCAUUGGGUUUAUAUGGUGGGGAAAAUACGGUAAGGGAUGGGCAAUGUGAGAAUCAAAGCGCAAACUCGUGAUGUUGGUUGAUAAAGCAAAAUAUAUAAUUCAUACUUGAUAAAUCGAUGUAGCAUAUUAAAGGAACUAACUAAUAUCAGCUGCUAAAUGCCAGCCACUCCAUAAAAAUGCGAAUCUAAUCCGGGACAGGACGUACCACACAGCGAUUAAAAGGAAGCGCAAAUGCGAUAUAUUUUUUGUUAAGAACAAAGGAUUACCUGUGCACUUCAGUAGUUUGUGCUUCAGUACGUAGCAAGCAAGAAUUGAAAUAAAUUAUUAUGAGAAAACAAACAGU